GUGUAUGUGUGUGUGUUUACCUGUGGGCAGUUUAAAUGCUGUGGUGUGAUCUACUUCACUGAUUGGUUGGAGAUGACAGAGAUGGAGUGGCCACCUGACUCCUGCUGCUUCAAUCAGUAUCCAGGCUGCGCCCGUCAUGCCCACUACCAUGACCUCAGCGACCUGCACCAGGACGGCUGUGGUCCAAAGAUCUACAGUUUUAUUCGUGGGACAAAGCAGCUGCAGGUGCUGCGUUUCCUUGGUGUGUCCAUCGGUGUGGCUCAGAUCCUGGCCAUGGCGCUCACCCUCAUGCUGCUAUGGGCACUGUAUUAUGGACGCAAGUCUUCAGAGCUGGACUCCACAACACUGGAAAUGGCACUGGAUGACUCCACCCUCCUCACAAUGACACAUGGACCUCCGUCUGAAGCUACAAAACUGGGCUGCAACCACACAAAUAAAGGCUGUCCUAACACCACAGCAAAUGACCACCAGUUUGAGAUGGAGCAUCUGUCCUAGUAGAUGGAGCAGCCCAAAGACACUGAGGGAAAGUAGAGACUAAUUCAGUAUUAACAACAUUUCACUCACCAAAUUAAUAUCUGAAAUCUGUGAAGAGGGAGAUGCUAAAGCAAAACACGAGCCGUUGAUCAGUUUGGAGGCCUGCCCUGACUCACUGUACAGUACAGCAUUUGUGCUCCAACUGUGAGUUAGGUGUUAUUACAGACAUUUCAGGUCUGUUCAGUUUUACCUCCAAAUAAAAUGGUUAAAAUAAAAAUAAUAAAGUUAUACAGCAACUUUCACAAUACAGGACUACAAUGUGCAUUGGUAUUAACUCAUGUCUUCUUUUUGUGAGCAACACUAAAAUUCGAGGAUAUUCAAUGUAAGAUUUGAUAAUAAUACAUAAAAAU